AUGGUAAUUUAUUGUCUCCUCUAAUACAUCUUUUUAGCUUAUAUUGGCUGAAGUGAAAUUUACAAUGCAGAAAUAAAUGUAUCCACAUGAUUUCUUUAAAUUUACAGGUAAAUUAUGGAUCAGCAAGCUCCAGUUUAAGUGAUAAAAAUGUAUAUCCAUCCUUCCUACGAACAGUAACCAGCAACAGAGGUCAAGUACAGCUCAUCAUUCGCAUUUUACAGAGGUUCAACUGGACCUGGAUAGCAUUCAUAAGCUGCGACAAUGAUUACAGUCGAGAUGCCCUUCAACUCUUCAUUGAUGGCAUAAGAAAGACCAGCAUCUGCUUGGCUUACCAGGAUGAACUCACAAAAGAUUCAAAACACGACGUCACAUUUCGCAACAUACAAAUAUUACAAAUACAUGUCAUCAUAGUUUACACUUUGCAUGCAUAUGCAGUUUCAUUCAUCGAAUCAGCCAUAAAGAACAAUGUACAAGACCAGGUAUGGAUUGCAAGUGAUGCCUGGUCUUUGAGUAAAGAAAUUAAAUCUAUCAAUGGACUCAGCACCAUUGGUACUAUUAUUGGAACAACAGAAAAGGUUGUGAGCUUACCUGGGUUUACAGAAUUUGUCCACAAAUCUCAGGACCACAGUAAACCCAUUGAAUGCAAAGACAGAAAACUCCAGGAUUUUACAGCAACCUGUAAUCAAGCUUGCUAUAACUGCUCUUACAUCGACCCAAUCAAAAUAAUUACUGAAGAUCCAUCUUAUAACUUUGCCAUUUACUCUGCAGUUUAUGUUGUGGCAAAAGCCUUGCAUAACUUACUACAGUGUGGCUCGAAAGGAUGCAAUAAUACUGAACGGGUGUACCCAUACAAGGUAAGCACAUCACUGCUUGCAUACAGACUCUCCCCAAGACUGUGUACAUUCUAA